UCUUUUCCAUAACCGUCGUCUCUGCAACAUCCCACUCACUUUCAAAAGCAAAGCAUGCUUGUUUUUGUUUUUACAAAUUUGGUCGGUUUUUCGUGACAUUAUUAUAUUCUUCCCCACUAACACAAUUACCCAAUGUUUAUGUUAUCAAACUAUAACUUAUUUGUAUAUAUAUCAUACAACUAUAUGGACUAACGUAGUACCAUAUUGGUUGUUGUAGUGUUGUUUCAGCCUUUCAGGUUUUCUGUAUCCUUUUCUUCUUUUACCCAAUUACACUCUGCAACUUGCUUUCAUCUCUCUUUUUAAGCAGGGCUUUUCCUUGCUAGUUUGUUCUUUUUAACUGCAUUUUUUGAUGGGGAAAUUCCAUCUGACAUUGCUAUUUCUUCUUACUCUUUUCACCAUAAAUGCCUCCCAUGCUAGACACCAUAAACACACGUAUAAACGACAUAAACAUGGACAUUAUAUAACUCCGCCUUCAUCGGGGAUUUCCCUGCCACCAUCUCCACAACCUGAUGAUCCUGCUGAUGCACCUGCAUAUCUUCCUAGUGGUGUUUUUGAUGUUAGGAGUUAUGGUGCAGUUGGCGACGGCAUUGUUGAUGAUACGGCGUCGUUUAAGGCAAGUUGGGAUGCAGCUUGUAGUAAUACUGAUAAUUCUGAACCUUCUGUAUUACAUGCACCUAGUGGCUACACUUUCAUGAUUCAGUCUACCAUCUUCUCAGGCCCUUGUCAAAGUAACAUCAUUUUUCAGAUUGACGGGUCAGUUGUGCCACCAGAUGGGCCCGAAGAGUGGCCCAAGAACACUAGUAAGCAUCAGUGGUUGGUUUUCUACAGAGUUGAGGGGAUGUCACUCCAAGGAGGAGGCAGAAUUGAUGGAAGGGGAGCAAAAUGGUGGGAUCUUCCUUGCAAACCCCACAAGGGACCUAAUGGAACCACACUGCCUGGUCCUUGUGAUAGUCCUAUUGCACUUAGAUUUUUUGAGAGUUCAAACUUGACAGUUAAAGGACUGAGAAUCCAGAAUAGUCCUCAAUUCCACUUCAGAUUUGAUGUUUGUCACACUGUCCAUAUUGAGUCAAUUCAUAUAACAGCUCCAGCUUUGAGUCCAAAUACUGAUGGAAUUCACAUUGAAAACACCAAUAACGUCCAAAUAUAUAACUCCUUCAUUUUCAAUGGCGAUGACUGUGUCUCAAUUGGCUCUGGUUGCUACGAUGUAGACAUUAGAAACAUCACUUGCGGACUUGGUCAUGGAAUCAGUAUUGGGAGCCUAGGAAACCAUAAUUCAAGAGCUUGUGUACACAAUGUAACCGUCCGAGACUCAUUGAUGAGAGAAACCAGCAACGGUGUUCGGAUCAAGACAUGGCAAGGAGGAUCAGGUGCGGUAUCAGGAAUUACAUUUGAUAACAUAAGAAUGGACUCAGUGAGGAACCCAAUCAUAAUUGACCAAUUCUAUUGCCUUGGAAAAGGCUGCAACAACCAAACCUCAGCAGUCUUAGUAACUGACAUUGUGUAUUCCGGUCUAAAAGGAACAUACGAUGUUAGGAGCCCUCCAAUGCACUUUGGGUGCAGUGAUGCAGUCCCUUGUUCAAACAUUACACUGUCAGAUAUUGAGCUUCUUCCUGCUGUUGGGGAAAUGAUGUUAGAUCCUUUCUGCUGGAAUGCUUAUGGGAGUUUGGAUUCAGUCACAAUUCCUCCUGUUUCCUGUUUGGAAGAGGGUGUUCCACCUCAACCUAUCCUGGAAAGCGGCAUUGAUCGUUGUUGAUGAUGAUAGAUGAGAUUGAAUUGUAUAUACAUUUGAUAUUAGAAGAAUUGGAUUUGGUGUGUCUGAGUUUCUAUUCAAGGAGAAGCAGGUUUUUAGUCUUCUCUUGUUGUAAUAGUAACACAGUUGAUUAGUUUUCUGGUAUGGAAUGCCAAUUGUAAUAGUAAUAGUAAUAGUAAUAGGCUAAUGUAGCUUCUCAGUGGUUUUGUACGUUCUGUUUUCUGUGUGUCUUCUCUUGUUCAAGUUCUCGACCAUGUUGGUGACAUGAAGCUAUUAUUAAGCUUAAUGACAUUGUGUUGAUUAAUGGCUUAAUUACCAUUAUUAUCCUUGCAUUUGAUGCAUCAAUUAAUAAUACAAGUAUUGCUUUUUCUAUCCUAA